AUGGCUUCGUCUCUGGUAUCUCGUUCUCUCCGACCCUCGUUGCUGCGUGCUGCAAGAAAGACUACUACGCUUCCUAGUGCUACCACACCCUCCAGUUUCUUUUCCACAGACUCCAAUGACAACAACAAUAAUAAUAAUAAGAGAAUUGCCCUCGUGAUUGGAUCUUCCGGUGCCUUGGGAUCCGCGGUUUCGCACUACCUCUCGCAACAAGUUGGAAUGCACGUCCUGGGAGCAGAUGUGAUCGAGACUCCCGAAAUGCCCUUGGAUGGAUUCAUCUCCUUGGCCACCCAAAGCCCCUCGGCCGCCAGUGUCACCAUGGAAUUGGCGUCGGGAAUACAUGACAUGCUGGAGGAGACCGAGGAACUUGAUACCAUUGUAGUAGCUGCCGGAGGUUGGGCCGGAGAUACCAGACCCAUGACGGGCCAGCAAUCUCUCGCCGAGGAAAUACAAAUGGAUGCGACACUCUACGGGAGCAAUAUUGAUACCAUGAUACAAAUGAACUUGAUACCCGUCAUUGCGGCAGGAUAUGCCGCCCAAAGAUUCAUGGGGCCAAAUGGCUUGUUUGUCACCAUUGGAGCGACGGCAGCACUUUCCUCCACUCCAGGAAUGAUGGGAUACGGGCUCACCAAAGCGGCGGCACAUCAUAUCGUCCAAACCGUGGGAGCCACCACGGGCAAAUCAUCCCUCGAAACCAAAACCAAACAAAAGGCGGGACGACACUAUCGACAAUACGCCGCCAACUUGGAUACCCUUUCAGCCGUGGCCAUUUUACCCACGACCAUCGACACGCCCUCGAAUCGACAUGGCAUGCCCCAAGCCGAUUUUGACAGUUGGACCAAACCCGUGGAUAUUGCCGAACAAAUUGGAACAUGGGUGACCACGCCACAACUCCGUCCCCAUUCGGGGGCAUUGGUCAAAGUCACUACCAUGGCGGGGAACUCAGUAUUUGAUCUGGUUCGUUGA